UAAAUAAGCCCAUAUACUACGCAUUUAUAAACGAAAAUAUUUCAACUAGUUUUUGAACGCAUUUGCGAAAAACAACUUAAUUGCGCAGUUUAAAUUUGGAUUUACGAAAUUUAAACAGUGAAAUAUUAGACAAAGAGAAAUGUCAGGAUAUUGGGAGAAAAUAUCGGGUGCAUCAGCAAAAUAUAUUCCUGCCAGUACCAGCACCACACCAGUUGCAGCAGGUGGAGCAUCAAUAUUAGGUCUUGACAGAACAUUACCCGGAAGGCUAACAAAUUUAUCAAAUCAAAUUACAGAUUUCCAGACCGAGUCGUUGAUCAACAGCAGAAUUAAUUGUGGACGAAGAAAAAGACCGUCAUCUGAAACACUGAUGCAUGAGGGUGGGAAAAGACCGUACCAAGUAGCAACUGUUUUAUCGGAAGCAAGUAAAGCAGCAACUGUACUUCCAUUAAAAAGUGACGAAAUGAAAGUGGCCCCGUUCCAAACGUUACCGAUGCCCGAGAGAAAUUUUUCAAGUGCUGUAACUAUAACCAAACAUAGCCACAACAGCGGAUUAUCUAAAGCCACAUCGUUUACAGAAUGUUCUCCCGGAUCAUUAACAUUAAACAAAACUGGAUGCGAAUUUUCUAAUCGGAAAAAGAACUUACUAGAUAAUAUCUUUGAAAAAAUUGCACUUGAUAAGGUUGACAGACAACAUUCUAAGCGCCUUGUCGAUCGAACACUGAAAUCAAUUACUUCAAAAUUUGAUAGAUUUCAAGGUGGCGGAAUCUACAGACGUCAAUAUAUUGAUGCUGGAAGCUAUCCUGUGAAACUGAAGAUAAACAAAGCUGAUGAAUUUGACGUCAAUAUACCUCUCAACAUUGACGUAAAAAGAGUUCGAGACACUGGCAAUGUGAACUACGUUUUCAAAGACCAAAGACUAAGUUUGUGUUUGGAGAAACAGCUUUUCUUUAAUCAUCAAGGAACGGCGAUUCCUCCGGGCUAUGCUGUUGUUGAAGUAGAAAUGUUUAUUGGAGGAUGUUAUCAUUUCCUGUCACGAAAAAGAAAUGAACUUCCGAGAAAGUUCUUACAUAUUGGUCUUCCAAUACCUCGGCAGGAUGCUCCACAUCGUUACAUGUUCCACCCCAGAUAUCGUAGAUUUGGCUUCAUGGAUCCAUUACAAAGAUCAAACAGAAGUUCAAAAUUUCAAGACCGUAUUGAACUCAUUCCAGCUGAUGUUAAGAGAGAUUUUUUUGAGAAAAUACAAAGUGCAACAUCUUUUCCAUGGAAUCAACAUUCAGUACAUAUUUCUAAAGUAUCUCAUGGACCGGCAUUGACAAUGACGUUGGUGCCAUUUCAAGGUUCACCAGUAAAGCACAACAUUAACGUGGAUAUUACCCUGUCUUUGGAGUGCGAUAUACCUCUGUCGAGAUUUGGAUGGCCGAGGGAAAAAACAAAACAAGCGUUUGAGCGGGAUGUUAUAGAUGAAGUUUUGAACGCAGGAAUACAUCUUGUACCAAAGAAAGAUUUAUUUUGGGCGAUAUCUUUCUCGAAGGCAGAACGAGCUCUUCUAUCGCGGUUGGAUACAGAUGGCGGCUGCAGAAAAUAUGUUACUAAGAUAAUGAAGAAGUUCGUGAUGAAUUGUAGCUCACAGUCCACCAAUGGACUUCCUGGAAUUUCCUCACAUAUAAUAAAGACACGAAUCCUCUGGUCUUGUGAAGAACACAGCAACGUGCCAUCGUACUGGUGCUAUUAUAAUAGAGAUGUUUGUUUGAUUAACACGCUGGAAGAGUUCAUCAAUGACCUGAAUUCAAGAUGGCUGCCAGAAUAUUUCAACUCUGGUAUAAAUAUACUGCAAGACAAAGAUGUCAGCGUACUCAACACGCUAUCGUCUUUUAUGAGGAGAAGACAAAUAGAACUUUUAAACAUGUAGAAGUUUAGAAGUGAACUUGGGUAAUACUAGAGGUUUUGUAUUUUUUAAACGGUAUAGGACGAUUUAUAAAUAACAAUAUAUAACAAGGCCUACGUACAAUGUAAAUUUAGAUUGGACUACAAGAUUAUAAUCCAAAGUUAUAAUAGAAACAUUUUUAACAAGCUAAUUAUUAUGCUGGCUGAAUAAAUAGAUAUCCCCUGCCAUAAGAUACAAAUCACUUGACUGAUUCCUUUUAAAUAUGAAGUGCAUAAUAAGAGUUAAAUUGAAUUAUGAUUGUACAAACUCACAAUACUGCAAAUUGCUAAGCUAAAAUGUUCUUGUUAAAACAUCCUUUUAAGAUAUAAAUGAAUUAUUGACAUUUAAAUAUUAUCAUAAAGUUAUGUUAUUUCAUUUGGUCACUUAUCUAAAGUGUGUAACUAAUAAUUGCUAUUAUAAAAUUCAAAUUUUGCAAAGCAUGAGCAUUGAUUGUAUGCUCAAUUUCAAGGAAUCCCAUUACACCCCAGGAUUUAAUGUAAUUUUCACUUACUUGGCAAUGAUACUUGUAAGAUUGACAUGUAUCUUACAUGAAUUCAUUAAUUUUAUAGAAUCACUAUUAAGAUUCUGAUAAUCUAACAAAUUACAGCUACGUAAAUGUAAAGGUAAACCUAUAUUUUCAG